AAAUUCAUAUGUACAUGUAUGUAUCUGUACCUCCUUGUUCCUCUGUUUCUCCCUCUGCGUUGACUUCCGCCUAAUCGUAGAAGAAGAGGAAACAAAAACCAGAAACAGAUCUUCGAGUAUCGGCGCCGGAAUCAGCUCGCCGGGAAAUGGGGAAAGCUAGAGGAGUUAACAGCGGCGCCGGAGAGAGCUCUCUCGGUUACCUUUUUGGAUCCGGUGAGUCUGUUUCCAAACCGAACAUGCCCACCACCGCCACCACGACAACACCAACGACUACCACCGGAGAUAAAGCCAAGACGGAGGAGGAGAAGAAGAAACAGAUGUCGGCUGGUGUGAGAGGAAGCCCUAAUAAUUACAUCAGAACAGAGGGACAAAACUGUGGCAACUUCCUCACGGAACGACCAUCGACGAAGGUUCAUGCAGCACCAGGUGGAGGAUCUUCUCUGGGUUACUUGUUUGGAUCUGGAUCUGGCAAAUGAUUUGUUUCUGCAGCAUUUUGAACCGUUUGAAGAAAGUGUAAAAAUAAAUUGUAACUUUAUUUCUUAUUCGUGGUGAUCAAUGUUAUGUUCAUGAGGAUUGUUUUGGAUUUGACCAUUUUCUUAUGUUCUUGCAAAAGGAUUUGUCUAUCAA